CGAUGUGGUAUUGUCAGGCGGAAGCGAUGCCAACAGUGGCAUGGUUAUGAUUGAAUUCAACGGCGUGAAUGGCACAGUGUGCAAUGACGACUGGAACGUGUACGCCGCCGACGUGGUCUGCAAACAGGUCCUUGGCAGCACCUCCAAGUCCACUGCCCGCUUCCCGCCGCCCGAGGGCAGUACACCCAAUGUGUUCCUGGAUGGGGUGGAGUGCAGAGGAGACGAGGCCGGGCUGAUGGAUUGCGUCCACGGCAAGCUGGGUCAGUCGGGAGGGUGUACGGGCCAAGACAACGCCGGUGUCAUCUGCUGGAAUCCCACUGGGUUCCAAGAAUACGCGUUCCAACACGCCGUGCUACGCUUGAUCGGCGGCCCGUCCUCUACCGAGGGCCGCGUGGAGGCGUUCAUCGAAGGCUCCUGGGGCGCCGUCUGCGACGAGAAAUGGGACAAGACAAAUGCAGCAGUCCUGUGCAAACAGCUCGGGUGCUUCGACGCCAAAGAGGCGAGCACGGGGUCAAAAUACGGGCCAGGGGUUCUGGAUAUCAAACUGACGGAUGUUGUAUGCGACGGGACGGAAACAGACAUGAUCAAUUGUUUGUUCACCGUCCUGUCGCCCGAUGCCAACACGACGUGCACCAACGCAACGGAGGCAGGGGCCAUCUGUGAUUGCGAAUUAACGGUCAUCAUCGGCGAUGGGCAAACAAAUCAAGGUAUACUCAGGGCCCAACUUGCCGGUGAAUCAGAAGCAAGGACCCUUUGCUCCGAAACUUUCGAUCUCCGGUCUGCCGACGUAGCGUGUCGCGAGGCGGGCUUCCCGGGGGCUCUGUCAUUUUCCUCGGCGGAAGGGAACAUCACGGGCCCGGGGCUUGAGUCCUCGUGCGCCGGCUGGGAAAUCUCGCUCCGGGCCUGUCCCGUGUUCACUAAGGCCCAGUGCACCGACGGAAAGGCAGUUGAAGUCAUGUGCCAGCCAAAAGAGGGGAUCGAGCCAACUAGUAAACCGAGCACCACGAAACCUCCGUCCGGCGGCCUGAGUACCGGUGCUAUCGUCGGUAUCGUGAUCGGCUGCUUGUUGGGGCUCCUCCUGGUCAUAAUAGUCGGAUUCCUCUUGUGUCGAAAGCGCAGGGAAGGACCGGCCGCAAUUUAAAUGCUUCAGGAAUUACAAUUAAUAGUAUGAUUUCGAAAUUACUAACCAAACUUGAUGAUUAAGUGCAUUACUUGCAAAGCAAAAUUCGCGUGUACAAUUGCUAAAAAAAAAAGCAACACACAUCUUUGUGUAUUUUGGCUGAUAGCGUUUUUUUUGUUUAUGGUGUAAAUCGAGGACACAUACAUGCAACAUCAUCGAUGAAUUGAGGACAGGAACCAAAUCGAGGACUACGGUAACAAAAAGUGUACCAAAUCAAUGAGAGCUGUU